UUUAGUAUAUGAAUUAAUUUGUUUUUAUAAGAAUUUGCAAAAGUUAUAAUUAAAAUUAUGCUAUUUCGAAAUAAAAAUAAAAUAAUAUAAAUAUAUGCAUUUUUAUAAUAUAAUUAUAUAAAACAAAAAACAAUUUUUGUAUUAAGAAUUAUUAUUUUUGGAAUGAGAACCUCUGUCAUCGUUAGUAUGGACGAAGGAACAUAAGGUUUUGGAACUAACCAUCUCUUUUAUGUUGUUUCUUCGUGCAAAAUGACAAAAGGUACAUCGAGCUUUGGUAAGCGACGAAAUAAAACACACACUUUGUGUAGACGAUGUGGUCGCAGUUCAUACCAUAUUCAAAAAUCACAAUGUGCUCAAUGUGGAUAUCCUCAGAAAAAAAUGCGAUCAUAUAAUUGGUCUGUAAAAGCUAAGAGGAGGAAAACUACUGGAACUGGUCGUAUGCGUUACUUAAAAAUUGUACGUCGUAAAUUCAAAAAUGGAUUUAGAGAAGGUUUACCAAAACCUAAAUCAGUUCAAACUAAAUAAUUUUAAUUUUUAUUAUUGUAUUAUAUAUCUAUAAAAAUUUGACAUUUAAUAAAUAACUUAAAAAGUC